AUGCCGUUAGGCGAAUGUGCUCACUUCGGCCAGCACAAGACUGCUAAAGCCCUGUACGACGCUAUUAUUGCUCGUUACUCUUCCCCUGCCACAUCUGCUCUCGGUCGCCUAAUACUUCCCUACCUUUUCAACGAGCUGUCAGCCUUUGCCACAGUCGACGACCUCAUCACCCACCUUCGCACUAGCGACACUCGCUACCACGCCGCCCUCAAAGCCGAGUUCCUAGACAAGAACCCGCCCCUGAUGUACAUCACUCUCUACUUCAUAGUCACCCGCCUCUCUGACUCUCUUCGCGCAGUCAGAGGCCACUUUCUUGCUCUUGACCCUGCGGACCUUACUGUCGACCUUCUCGAGAAGCACCUCCUUGCAGUUGAGACUAGCAUAGUUGCUGUCCGUGCUGCUCGUGGCACUCCUCACACUCCCUUCUUUGAGGGUUGUUCCCCCUCCCCCCUUGCUCCCUCUGUCACUUCUGGUGCUGCUGUUGACUUCCUUGGUGCUGAGCAGGUCGGGGCUAUGUCUGCUCCUAGUGGGAGGCACCGCAGCGCCAAGGGCAAGGGAGGCAAGAGUGGUGGAGGUGGAGGCAGGGGAGGCAGUGGUGGAGGUGGUGGAGGCGGUGGAGGUACCGGUGGUGGCAGUGGGAGUGGUGGCGGAAGUGGGGGCGUCGGUGGCGACGGCGGUGGCAGCGGUGGGAGUGGUGUCAGCGGUGGUGGCGGCAGUGGGAGUGGUGUCGGCGGUGGUGGCGGCAGUGGGAGUGGUGUCGGCGGCAGUGGUGGCAGUCGGGUUACGCUCCUCACUCGUCAAAAGCAACGGCAUUCGUACCCAACUCUUUAG